AUAGCCGAGAGAGUGGAUCUGUUUUCGUGUUCCAAGAGUGAAUUCGCAAAAAUAGCAAUGAGUGUGAUCUGUUAUACUUAAUUAAGGAAAUCGUAUAUUGUGCUAGUUAAAAAUAAUUAUUGAUUAAUUUUAAAUAUGUAUAAAUAAGUCCCCAACUCUGUCGCAUUAGGUUAUCCUGUAAAGAUAGUUGUUGUGAGUGAAAUAAAUAAAUAAAAAAAAUAAGAUUGUGGUCAAACGGGAGCCUAUAUUAUUUAAAAAAAAUCAUUUUUCGUACAUUUACCUUUAUAAAUAAGUACGAUUAUGUCACUAAUGUUUACCGAGGUUUUAUUACCUUGAAAACAGAACCAUUGCUCUCCAAAUCCGACUCACACUUAGCUCAGUAGUUUUCCCAAUAUUUGUAUAUAAAGAAGCAGUUAUCUUCCAACUUAAGUACAUUAUUGCAUAGUGGUCGCGAUAACCGGUGUCUGUGGUAAUGUCGAAUAACUGAUUGCUUGGAUAAUUAAAUUGCGUCGUGAAUAAAUCAAAAAUAUUGGUUGCUAUGCUGUUUACUCUGCUUGGAGUGAUUUUGACGUGUACAGUCACCUGGUUGUACCUGAGAUGGUUGAAGGUCCGGUCCUUCUGGGGAAAGCGUGGUGUACCCCACGAACCCCCUCACCCUAUAUUCGGCAGUCUGACUCAUUUGACCAAGAUCAACACGUCUAAAUGGAUGAUAGCUGUCUACAACAAGUACAAGCACAAGACGCCAUACGUCGGAAUCUGGUUGUUCUGGCGACCGGCGCUGAUAGUCAACGACCCAGAGAUCGGCAGACGAGUGCUCGUCAAGGACGCCGACGUCUUUCGCGACAGAUUCCUCAAUUCCGGCAAGAGUGAUCCUAUUGGAUGCCUUAAUAUUUUCUCUGUUAAUGACCCUACUUGGAGCCGCGUGCGCAGACAUCUCACCCCAGUGUUCACGACAGCAAAGAUAAAGCACAUACAAAAUCUCAUCGCGCAGAAAUCUAAAGAAUUGGUGCAAAGGAUACAAAUAGAAAGUAGUAAAAAUAAGUUAAUUGAUAUAAGGACCAUGUUUGCUGACUUCUCGACCGACAUAAUAGGCACAGCGGCAUUCGGCGUGAAAUGUAACGCGACGCUCACAGGCAAGGAUCCCAUGAGGAGUGUCACUAAGAGUUUCCAGACCUACAGCUUCAUCCGCGGACUCAACUUCGUCUCUAUCAUGUUUUUCCCAGAGUUGGCCGAUAUCUUUAGAUUCUCAUUCUUUCCCAAAUCAGCGACGGAUUACUUCACGAAGAUAUUCAGAGCUGUAGUGAAGGAACGUGGCGGGUACGACAAGCCCGUCGAAGAGAUCAAAGAUCUACUGGACACGUUGCUUAAGAUGAAGCAAAAUGCAGCCAAGGAAAGUGAUUUUAUGUCGGAAGAACUACUUAUAGCACAAGCAACUAUAUUCGUUCAGGGAGCGUUUGAAACGUCAUCCAACACUCUGGCAGUGGCAAUAUAUGAACUAGCUUAUAAUACUGAAGUACAGGAGAAGUUAUAUCGUGAAAUAGUUGACAUCAAGGAAAGGCUAGGAGGUGAAGAUUUUACUGUGGAUGCCCUGGCAGACGCCACGUACCUGAACUGCGUCAUUGAUGAAACCCUUCGAAAAUAUCCACCAAUGGGUUGGCUGGAUCGCGUAGCUCGGAAGGAGUACCAGAUAGACGAGAACCUCACCAUCCCAGCGGGAACCCCCGUCUACGUCAACUUUGUGGGGAUGCAGGUGGACCCUGAUUACUACCCUGAACCUCAGCUGUUCAAGCCGGAGAGGUUUCUUCCUGAGGCCAAGGGUGAUCUAACACCAUUCACAUACGCGCCUUUCGGAGAAGGACCCAGGAACUGUAUUGGUCGGCGAUUCGGCCAGCAGACCGUCAGGUUUGGCUUGGCGUCGGUGAUCCUCAACUACGAACUCAAGCCGUUACCCAACAUGCCUCUGCCGAAUGAUAUCGAGUUCAACAAGAACGCGCCCUUCCUACUGGUUGAACUUCUGCACGUCAAUUUUGUACCCAGACACUAAUGAUUAAUAUAUACAUAUAUGUUAU